AUGUUGUUCUCUUCCUUCCUUCUGUCUCUUGCUCUAAGCUCGAUCGCUACCGCCAAACCGUGUCCCAUUCUGGGUCCUGUCUUUGAGGCACCGACUGGCCUGGCUGAUUCCCCCGUCCUAAAGGAGGCAUUCGAGGUCCUACAAGCGGUCCUCGACAAUGCUACAGAGACAGGCCAAACGCCUGCGGGACCUUGGUUCGGCUACAAAAACAACUCAAUCGCUCUCACCGUGUUCGACACCAGCGACAGUGAAUUCUUCUCGUACCAAUACUCUUCAUCCGUGCUACAGAAAGCCUCCCAGGGUGUCACCAAGAUUACCGAGGACGCAAUCUUCCGCAUUGGAAGCUUGUCGAAGCUUGUCAGUGCUUACGCCUGGUUGAUUGAAGCUGGUCCGACGUACUGGGAUCAACCGAUCACCAAGUACAUUCCCGAACUGAAGAAGGCGGCUAAGAAAUGCUCUGCUGCGGAUGGCCCGAUUGACUGCACGGAUUGGGAUGAGAUCACGCUCGGAGCACUGGCAAGCCACCAAGCCGGCAUCCCACGAGACUACUCAACACCGGCGGAGCUGCUCGAUCCCUUUUCGUCCGUGGGUGGAGGAGAGGGUGCCGUCGCGCUCGGACUCCCUCCAUUGCCCGAAUCGGCUCUUCCACCAUGCGGCUUGGGCCCUACCGAUGCCUGUAGUAUUGAACAGUGGCUCGCCGGCAUAAUCGCGGCAGACCCAAUCUACGCCCCAUUCUCGACCCCAGUCUACUCUAAUGGCGGCUACAUCAUCCUAGCAGCUGCGUUCGAGCGCAUCACCGGCAAAAGUACUUCGGAUAUGGUUGAUGGUCUGUUCGAGAGACUCAACAUGACGCAGUCCAGUUACUCGAAUCCAGAAGGUCUGGACAAUGCGGUCAUCCCGCUUGGGGUCAACUCAGGGUAUCAAGCUAUCUUGGGCAUCGAGUCUCCAGUCGGCGGGUACUUCAGUACACAGUCAGACAUCGCCAAACUCGGGCGAAGCAUUCUCAAAUCCAGUGAACUCUCGCCAGCAGUCACUCGCCAAUGGAUGAAGCCAUCCAUCUUCACAGAGAGCACCACAGCUGCCGUCGGCAUGCCGUGGGAGAUCUUUAGGGUCCCUGGACUCCUGAACGAUCAUGACUUCGACCUUUACACCAAGACGGGAGAUGUGCUGGACUACAGCAGCCAUCUCAUCCUCAGCAAAGAGUACAACGUGGGCUUUGGAAUGCUGGUCGCAGGAAACGAUACGACCACCACUAGGAGUCUCCUUGCGGAGGUCAUCACACCAAUUCUGUUUCCCGCGCUCGAGAAAAUUGCACGCGCUCAGGCCCAUGAGAAGUAUGCAGGCACGUACAAGUCGACAGGGGACGUAGACUUCGAAGUCGAGCUUACUACCGACGCUGGCAAGCCCGGUUUGCGCGUUGUAAAGUUCGCAAGCAACGGAACUGAGACUUUUCCGGGUCUCGACCCUGAAACCACCGUUCUACACCUUUAUCCAACCAACCUCAUCCACGCGACCUCCGAGUCUGAAUACAAAAUUGCGUACAGAGCAGUUUCGGACAAGAAGGGCAACGAUCCGUCUCUCGGGCUCUUCUCGACUGGCUGCGAGAAUUGGUUUCUUGUCGGAGCGACUCGGUAUGGCGGCAUCGAUCUCGACCAGAUAGUGUUCACCGUGGAAGAUGGUAAGGCGACGACGAUGGCACCACGUGCUUGGAGGAGAAACCUGCAGAAGGCAGACUAA